AUGGAGCAUUUGGGACGUGUUUGUCAUUGUUUGUCUCUGGGACGUGCCAUUGCCAGCUGCUCAAGUUCUGACAGACCAGCAUGUUUGAGCAUUCCAGUUGUGUGGGGAGCGUCUUGGGCGAUACAAGACUGCAUGCAGCUUUGGCCAGUCUUGGCCAUUUUCCUCGGGUCUUUGGUUUAUGAGAAGGCGGUGCAGGACGUCGCGAGCCACGAGCAGACGCUGAGCAGAGAUGCUGUGGCUGCUUCUCGCGCCUUACUCGCCCCUGCCAGCAUCGUUGGGCAAAGUCCCACAAGGGUGAAGUGUAAGCAUCAUCGAGAUGCGGUGAAGUUGAACCAGGAGCUUGAGAAGCUUAAGAAGUACAUCAUUGAUGGUGAUUUUUGGAACUUGAAGAGCCUGCUGGAAAGCUGGAAGAGACCCAAUGCGUAUGUCCACAACUUGAACCAGCUCCACAAUGCAGAAGACUAUGCUCAGAUGCAUUGCAGCGAUUUGGACUACUUGGCAAGGACUCCUGUGUGGUACGAAGAGCCCAAGUACGAUAGCCACGACGACACAGCGAGGAACCAACUCAAUAACAGCACCGUACUGGAGCUGGCCUUACACAUGACCCGGAAAGCCAACGAGCGGGUGCUCAUGGGCUUUCUGUACGAGCAGUGGAUCGUAGGAGAUCAAUUUUCAAUGGCACGACGACGUGUGGGCAUCGUUCGACUCCUCUUGGAGAGCGGUUUCCUAUGGGGCAGUGGAGACUUAAUUUGCAAGGUGGUACCAGAGGAGAAUGACUAUCGGAAAGAAGUGCGAGAGGCCUUCGCGAGAACGGUGCUGCAUGACUUGGUCCGGAACGAUGUUCACUUGAAUGAAGAUCAGUUGUCAUUGAUGAAAAAAAAGUAA